GAUUUUAAAGCUCCAUCUUGGCCGCGGCGGCAGGAUCUGGAGCGCGCUCCGCAGCGAGGAGGCGCAGCGGCCGCCCCCAUGUCCCGCAGGAGGAAGGCGGCGGCGGCGGCGGCGGCGGCCGGGGGGAAGCCGCAGGGCAGCAGAGGAGCGGCGGCGGCAGCAGCAGCAGGGGUGUCGGGCGCGGCGGAGAAAGUUGUGUACUCGCGCUCGCAGGUGUCGUUCGCCGGCAUCAAGGCGCUGGGCGACGCCAUCAAGCUCUUCAUGCCCAAGUCCACGGAGUUCAUGCGCUCGGACUCAGAGCUGUGGGACUUCCUGUGCAGCCUCAAGCACGAGUUCUCGCCGGUCAUCCUGCGCAGCAAGGACGUGUACGGCUACGCCUCGUGCCGCGCCGAGGUGCCCGCGCCCCCGCCGCCGCCGCCGCCCCGCGCCCGCCGCCGCCUCGCCCGGGCCCCGCCGCGCAGGAGGCCGCGCGCCGCGGAGGAGGAGGAGGCGGCGGCGGGGGCCUUCGGGGGCCGCUCUCUGGAGGAGAUCUGGGCGGCGGCCACGCCGCGCCCGCCCGCCCUCCCCUGCAGCAUCCGCGUGCGGGGCAGCGUGUGGGGCCGGCGGAGCCUGGCGGCGGCGCGGAGACAGGCGCAGCGCAUCCUGCGCGUGGACCUGUCGCCCGUGGUGCGGCUCCGCCGCCUGCCCGUGGCGCGGUGCUGAGCGCCGGGACCGGACGGGACGAGCUCCGCGCACCUGUUCACACGGCCCCGCCCGCGCCGCGUCCUGCUGCACUUUAGAGACCCCCCCGAGCCCGGGGCCGCGGCCUGGCGGGGACUUGCCCGAGGAGCCGCUGGCAGCACUGGGAUGCGCGCAGGGUGGCUGGACCCGGCUCCUCUGGCUGAAGCUUUUGACCAAGGAUGUUUGUUGCCUCAGGAAGCAGGACCCAGGGUGGUGGGGAUGGUGCAAAACCUUUCUUUUUCUUUCUCCCCCCCCCUCCCCCCCCCCCCUUUCUUGCCCAGCUUCGAGGCCUGGCUGGGCGCCGCGGACUUGUUAUGCGUUUUGUAUCCACAAUCCUUUCUACUCUUUUAUAGCUGACCCCAGGAUUUGCUUUUUACAGAGUGCCCAAAGUGGCUUAAAGUGUGCGGCUCUUUUUUUUUUUUGACAGACCUGGGUUUGAUUUGGGGGAAGUUGGAGACGCAGUGGUCCUGCCCGGAGAAACAGCCUGCAAAGAGAGGCUUGCUGAGGAGCUUCCAAUACCCUCGUUGUGAUCUUAGAGGGGCAAAAGGCUUGAUUUCUAGACUGUUCUCAUUAAAAGCAGAAACAAAAACAAAAAACAAACAAACACAAAAAGCAGCAAACACAAAGAACCAUCCAAAGUUGGGGAAGACUGUUGAACAUGUAACAAAUGGUUUAUGUGACUUGCCAGCCACUUUGGCUGCUUAUAGAAGCAGGUGGUUAGUUAGAGUGGCUAACACCUAAAUGCUACAUGAUUGAAGUACAAUAUUUAAAAUAAACAGCAACAAAGCUUGAUUUA